AUGGCGUCUGGCGGAAGUGAACAUGCGUCCGACGAGAUCUUUAAUUUCAAAUGUUCGCCUUGUUUGGACGAUAAACGAAAUAGAGAAGCUGCGAAAUACUGUGUGGAAUGUCAGGGGUACUAUUGUCAAUCAUGCGCCGACAUGUUUCACAAAAUGCCGGGAUUAAAGAGUCACACAUUUUUGGAUCAGACGAAUUACAAGUCGUCAAGUGGCAUCGGAGGAUUGCCAGCAAUACCCACUCAGAGAUGUAGCGUUCACAAGACAAAGAUAGUAGACAUGUAUUGUGGAAAUCACGACGAGGUUGGUUGUAAAACUUGCAUCGCACUCGGCCACAGAUCGUGCUCUGAUGUUAAGUCAAUUCCAGAUAUUGUUGAUAAAGCACACAGCACAAAAGACAUCAAGAAGCUAGACAAAGAAUUAAAAGAUGUAAAAAGGUUGAAAGAAAAAUUAAUUGAUACUAAACGUGCUCAACGAGAAGAUCUAAAGAAAUCUAAAUUUGAUUCGAUAAGAGAAAUUAAAACCUAUCGUCAAGAAGUCGACGCCAUCUUAGACAACAUCGAGGAAAACUCGAUAGCCGAGGUUGAAAAAAUAUUUCAAGAAGUUGACUCGGAACUUUUCAAAGAGAAUACAAUUACAGAAGACGAAAUAGAUCAACUUGAACAAUCGUUGAAAGAUUUGAAACAAUCAGAGGGAAACAAGGCCCAGCAGUUUGUUUCGAUGAAAACGUCUGCUUUAUAUAUUUCAAAAAUGAACGACGAAACUAUUCCCGACAAAUUUCCAGUUUUGAGACAAGGAUUACUAUCAUUUUUUGAGCCUACGAUUUAA